AUGGAUUUCUGGAGCAUCUGCCCAACGGAAUUGCUUAAAACAACACUUCACGACCGCAAGAAGAAACUCACCUGCAGUUUCCUUGCAGCUGGACCUCCCGUUUCCGGUGGUGGGAAAAUUGUGCUGAAAAAGCCUCUUGAAAUGGAGAUCCAAGUGCAAAAGUUAUCUCAGGCUCGUCGUCUCGUGCGCGCUCUUGAUAAGAUGCUCUCAUCUACCUCCGUAUCUACAAUUGUAGCGCCAAGGGCAAAAGCUGGCAGCAGUGAUCUGGCUUCUCGUGCUGUUAGUCAAUGGCGUCAUUCCGUACAGCAAACGAAGUUAUUUGUCAAAGAAACGGCUUAUGAUUUGGGCCUGGGCGACUACAUGACUGAACGGAGGCUUCCGUGGGGGGCUGACGUAGUUGCUGACGAAAGCAAGCAAACACGCCAUGAUAUUGUAGUUGUGGAGGCAAAUGUGGGUACCUGCACCCUUCGUGUGCGCGAAUUUGUUCAAAAGCUCCACGAGGCGUUCAUGACACGAUACGUUCCGAAGUUGGACGAGUUGUACGUUUUGGAUGCCCAGGGUGGCCACGCUGACAUCGCUAAAGGCGAACGACUACUGUCAUUCUUUGACACCGAAGUGGACGAACUGGAGUAUGACGAUCAACAGGUUCGCCACCGACUGUAUCAGCACAUUCGCUUGGCAAAACUGGCGCAGGUACUCGAAAUGAUCAUGAGAGCCUCGAUAAGAGUCAAGGUGAUGGAUGAAGAUCGCAAUAACGUCGACUCGUAUUUGGGCACCGCUUGCAUCCCGCUGAUGGAUCUUCUUGACCAGCAUCCACGCGAUGACAUGUACCAACUCCUCUAUCUGCCGACUACAAACCUGCGUGGUACCGCAUACGCUGCUCCGAGCCCUUUAGGAGUUGACCGGGGAAAAGUUCACUUGCGUCUUCAUUUGAAACUUUCGGAGAGUUCAUUAUUUGAGCAAGCGAAUAAUGUAUACAAGCUGUGGAAAUCAAGGUAUAUCGAGCAGCACGAAGCGGCACGCCGGCGUCUCCACGAUGCAGUUGUGCCAGCUCAGCGUCGGCGCUGGAUGACCAUGAAAGGGUACUUGGACGAACUCAAGGUGCAAUCCAAGGGGAAGUUGCAUUGGGAGCGCACACCGGUGUUACUUAGCCUUGUGUGGGAUAUCUUCGUCCUACAAGAGAGCUCUCCAACACACAGCAAACAGGAACGUGUUAAUGAGGACGAGCUAGAGUACACGGAGAAGGUCGCGCAGAUGGCCAAAGACUACCGAGAUGUGGUAAUGAAGGUACACGAACGCUGGGUUAAUCUUCAACCCGAGCUGGACGAGCUCUUGACUAUUCAAGCCGCAGACCAGAUCCAUGCUCACCGCACACCGGAAAUUCUCGAUCAUAUCGAACAGGAGGUCGAAGGGCUAGACGUUGGACUGAGUACUGCAUGGCAGCAGGUGAAGCAAAAGUGGCUGGUCUUGUUGAAUGCUUUGGAGGAGCUCGUAAGCAUGCAAGAGCGCAAGCUAAACUUGACUCGCGCGCCGGUGCUCUUGAAGAUUGUGGAGAAGCGUUGCUUGAAGGGACUCAAUGCUCGCCACUCGGAGGGUGUCUCGAAUAUUCAGUCCCGUUGGAUGGCUAUCACACAGCCGAAUGGUCCUUUGAGUGAACUGCGGUUGAUGGAGAAGAAGGGAUUGCACUGGCGGCGGACACACGAGCUGCUGCUGCUACUUGAUGAAAAGUGCGAGGGUUUUGCAGACGUGGAUGAUAGAGCGCUUACUAGUGUUCAAAACCGGUGGGAACAGGUGCAAGAAUGGCUGGAUGAGAUUGUUCAGAUGCAGCUGCAGCACACGAUUGACUGCGAGCACACUCCUUUCGUCCUGGAGAAAAUGCACUUAGCUGAGAAUGGAGGGGAUGACAAUGAACAGCUAGAAGGUAUGAUCGAAUGGUACUCCAUCGAGGAGGCCAAACUUGAGCUGGAGCGAAUUCCGUAUCACCGCAUUUCAACGGAAGCAGAGAAGAAAAACUGGUUGGCCUAUUCGCGCGACGGGAAAGACACACGUCUCUCUAUUACUCAAGAAGAAAUGGUCUUCAGCCCCGAGAAUGUUCGCUUUGCGUUGGAAGAGCGCGGCGUAAUCCCGAGGACUUCAGAGUUCGACCCGACUGACAUCGACCAGGUAGCAAGCAUCAAGGCUAAAUACGAAGCAUGGAUCUCCCCGACUCUGGCCGAUCCGAAGUCCGGCUCACAGUCGGUAGCGCUGCCUACGACCGUCUCGAAAGAGAUUGCAGAACUCGAAACACUACUGAAGAAAUAUCGCGAUGACGAUCAACAAGCGGUUGUGCUGCCAAACCCAGAACGCGUGGCCGAGCUCUAUGAAGCAAUCGAAAGUCUCGGAAAAACUGAUUUGCUUUGGAACGUCGAACACGUUGUGAGUAAGAACCGCGAGCUGGCAGUACCUGACGACUACAAACUUCUCCUGCGAGAGAUGACAAUUCGACAGAUCUCAACGACCGAAGUUGAAAAUCUGGUCAAGUCUCUAGCGUUCACGAUGCAGAAGGAGGUGCUAGUCGAAAAGGGUAUUGCUGUCCCAACGACAGCCAACCCUACGACACUGCUUCAACUCAUGCACCGCCACCAGAUCAAAGAAGUCAUCCUGCCGAAGGAUACGGCUUCCAUCCAGACUUUGCUCCAGGAGAGAGGAAUGGAUCGCAAGGGUGAUCCUGUGAUAUUGCGAGGGGUUCGUAUCGGAACGCAGGCAACUGGUGCUGCUAGUAUCCAGACGGCUUCAGGGGCAGCUUCUUCCACCAAGGCACUCAACACGGGACUGGGUAUCAUCGACACGCAAAUCGAAUUGCUACGUAAGACGCUGCUCAUCGAAGCCCUCCGCAAGCGAAACUCACUGAUUCGCACGUUUCCUUGGAGAUCGCACGCUCUUGAUGAGGAAGAUGAAAGAACGGAUGCCGACAUGUUCGCUGCCGCUGUUGAAUUUGCUGAACUUGACAUGAGCGGCGACUUUUUGACGCUUGUGGAGCGGUUCCAGCGGCAGCUCGUGCACGAGUCUUACACCAGACGGCUGGCUGAGUACGCAGCUCUUGACCGCUGCAUGCGAGCCCUUCUCGGAAAGGAUCGGGACGAGAUAGUCACGAAGGAAGAGAUUGCCAUGGAGCUGCACAAUGUGAACAAGAAAAUAACGGGCGCGAACUAUCGCCUGCCCCCUGAGGCCUUUACAGAGGACGAGCUUCAAAGGGCAGCUAAUGCUGGGCGCAUUCGUUCUCCCAGCGCCGAAGUUCUCGCGCGUUGUCCAACGGGCAAGAAUGCCACUGCUAUGGCGUACUACACAGCUAUCAGCUAUGCAGGUAAUGUGUUCCAGGAGAUGAGCAGCUUUCGAACGCGAAUGGAUCCGACGAAGAACAGGUUGGCGGACACCUUCCCGUUCGAGGACUGCAGCUCUCUUGAUGGUGUUUUAAUUCCAAAGCAGCGGAAGACGUCGUCACUUACCCAGUCGAUUGCAGACUGGCUGCUAGGAUUUGACACGUCGGCACUGAGUAUCAAGCGGAAGCUAAGCGCUGCUCAUCGACAACGACUUGUGUGGUCAUCUGCAGCUUUCACGUUGCGAAACCGGUGGCUGCAGUGCGGACUUGGAUGGUGCGACCACAUCUUUGGAGAAGGCGUCGGAGUCAAGAUCCUGCUUGAUCGUCUGCUACUGUUCGAGGCUGCAAACAAAAUGCACAUGGUGAGGACGGAGAUGCUGCUACGGGAGGUCCGUGACAAGUGUUCAAGACUGCGAGAGCGCGAAAGCGAGGCUCAAGCGAAGCUGGAGGAACGGUACCAGACGAACCUCGAGCUUCUGGAGCGGCUGGUGACGCUUGCGGAACGAUGCAUGAACAACCGCAAGUUGCAUUCAGAGGAGACCCCGGUGCUGCUGCACAAGCUUGAACAAGUGUGUGUGGUGCCUAGCGGGCUCAACGAGCGGCACCGCGAGGCUUACCACACAGUGGCAACGUACUGGCUGCCGCAGCAACAGCAUCUCUCGGAGCUCAUGAAGAUGCACAGGGAGGGCACGUUCAGCAUUUCGCGCACGCCCGAAUUGCUGGGGAAAAUGAAGUACCACACAGAAGGCACAGCCGGCUCAGAGGAGCUCAACGAAGAAAAGGUGGCGGCUGUCGCACAGCGCGUCGCCCCCGAGCUGCAAGCAACUUUCGUGGAUCGUAAGCUCAACGAGGUCCGGCUUGGGCAGCGCAAGGAGCCGUCGAUUCUGAAUCUGGACCUGACCGAGGAUGAAGGCUUGACCAACCAGUCAGUCGAAGAUGGACCGUGGAAGGAGCUGUCGCAUUCCAAGCGGGUUGCGCAGCCGCUGUCGCCCCACGAGAAGCAGACGAAGUGGAAGCUGGUGAAGAAUGCCGUAGCUGCAAACGCGGCGCUAUCAGCGAGCUCACCCACGAAGGAAAAGACUGACAAACUCAAAGUGGAAAUUGGAGCCAAGGUCGCGGCGCCGCCUUCUCCGCGGAGAAAGUUGUCCCUGAGUGAGGAACUGAAGGAGCUGCUGCGCUCGCCGACGCAGUGGCUUACGGGCUCAAGCUUCCAAGAGGAAACCAUCGCACCCGAGCUGUACUACCCCAAGGAGGUCGUCUUGGAAACUUUAGGCGACCGUUGA